UUACUCUCCACCCUCAUCCAUCCACACAAUCUCUAUAAACCCUAAAUUCAAUUUCAAUUUUCAUUCAAUUCUGAUAUGAUCGGAACCCUAACAACACCUAUAGGCGGAAUCCCUCUCCGCUUACCUCCUCCCAAUUCCACCAGAUCUACCUCAAAUGUAUUUUUAUGUGGUGGACGUACCUGUAAAGCCUCGAUGCACGCCGUUCUCAACUCGAAGCCGGUGGCUCAACUGAAGCUCAGGAGACCGGAGAGUCUGUACGAGGUAUUACGAGUUGAGAGAGACGCUACGCCUACAGAGAUAAAGACAGCUUACCGGAGUUUGGCUAAACUUUACCAUCCGGACGCUUCCGAUUUCAAGCAGCAAGGUGAUCGUGAUUUUAUCGAAAUUCACAACGCGUAUGCCACGUUAUCGGAUCCGGAGGCGAGAGCUACGUAUGAUCUGAAAUGGAGCACCGGAGUGCGACGGAAAUCAGGAUUGUACACGGCGGUCGGGAAGAGACAAGGGUUUUACACCUGCCGGCGAUGGGAGACCGACCAGUGCUGGUAGAUCUUCUAGGAACCAAAAACUUGUAUAGAAAUUAUUAAAAAUAUAUAUUAAAAAAAAGAGAAUUAAAUAAAUCAUGUAUAUUCCAUGCCUCC